CUCUGCUCAGUGCGUCCGUCCGCCCGCUGAGGUAGCAGGAACCCAGCUGCCACCCGAGCUCGGAAAGACCCUCAGAAGACAGAGGGCUCCUGGCCCUUGCUGCAGAGCUCCGGAGGAGCGUCUGAGCGCCUCGCCCCGGUCCGCAGGUUUCAAAUGGAACUCAGAGACUGGGCCCCUCAGAUGCUGGCUGGGAAAAUCUGACUCACUAAGGAAGAGCCAAGUGCCUGCAGAGGGGAGUCAUCAACCUUGUGGAUGCCAGUGGGACAGCUCCAGGGGUGUGCACCUGCCUAGAUGGAGACCACUGUCGGGGCUCUGGGUGAGAAUGCCACAGACGAUUUCACUGACUUCUUUUCUGCACGUGAUGGCCAUGAAGCCCAAACCGCCCCUUUACCAUUCACUUUCACCUACGGUGACUAUGACAUGCCCCUGGAUGAAGAGGAAGAUGUGACCAAUUCUCGGACUUUCUUUGCUGCCAAGAUUGUCAUUGGCAUGGCUUUGGUGGGUAUCAUGCUGGUGUGUGGCAUCGGCAACUUCAUCUUUAUCACUGCCCUGGCCCGCUACAAAAAGCUCCGCAACCUCACCAACCUGCUUAUUGCCAACCUGGCCAUCUCAGACUUCCUGGUGGCCAUCGUGUGCUGCCCCUUUGAGAUGGACUACUAUGUGGUGCGCCAGCUCUCCUGGGAACACGGCCAUGUCCUGUGUGCCUCUGUCAACUACUUGCGCACUGUCUCCCUCUACGUCUCCACUAAUGCCCUACUGGCUAUUGCCAUUGACAGGUAUCUGGCCAUUGUGCACCCGCUGAGACCGCGGAUGAAGUGUCAAACAGCCGCAGGCCUGAUCUUCCUGGUGUGGUCCGUGUCCAUCCUCAUCGCCAUCCCAGCCGCCUACUUCACCACUGAGACUGUGUUGGUCAUCGUGGAGAGCCAGGAGAAGAUCUUCUGCGGUCAGAUCUGGCCGGUGGACCAGCAGUUCUACUACAGGUCCUAUUUCCUUUUGGUCUUCGGCCUCGAGUUCGUGGGUCCUGUAGUCGCCAUGACCCUGUGCUAUGCCAGGGUGUCCCGGGAGCUCUGGUUCAAGGCGGUGCCCGGCUUCCAGACAGAGCAGAUCCGACGGAGGCUGCGCUGUCGCCGCAGAACGGUGCUGGGGCUCGUGUGCGUCCUCUCUGCCUAUGUGCUGUGCUGGGCUCCCUUCUAUGGCUUCACUAUCGUGCGUGACUUCUUCCCCUCCGUGUUUGUGAAGGAGAAGCACUACCUCACCGCUUUCUACGUGGUGGAGUGCAUCGCUAUGAGCAACAGCAUGAUCAAUACGCUGUGCUUUGUGACUGUCAGGAAUAACACCAGUAGGUACCUCAAGAGGAUCCUGCGGCUCCAGUGGAGGACCUCUCCCAGUGGGAGCAAGGCCAGCGCUGACCUCGACCUCAGGACCACGGGGAUGCCUGUCACUGAGGAGGUAGACUGCAUCCGACUGAAAUAAGCAAAAUGGUACCACAGCGCCCGGGUGCACACAGCGACCAUGAACUUGGCUCUCUGCGGACAACCACUUAGACACACUAUUCAAGGUCCACUGAAGUGUGGAAUUUCUGAAAUGGAGACCUGAGGUACUGUCACUAGCGGUCAGGGUUCACUGAAUAAUUUUUGCAAAGAGCAGACACCAGUGAAAAUCCUUUGACUAAGUGAAGUGGGGAUUAUAGCAAGGAAACGUGGUUCGGAGUGUCUGGAAAAGGCUGUUUUCAGAGAGAAGGCAGAGCAGGCUAUGUAGGACUCUUCUGUCUGUGCUUAGUUAGCGUGGAGUGCCGGGGCUUGAUGUGGACCUAGCUCACCUCUGGCAGUACUCUUGGGCUUAGCAAGCCCAGAGGAGCAAGAGCAAGGAGGAGGUUCCCAGCUCUGCUGGGUCCUCUGCUCACCUCAGAAUCCCCACUGAGAGGGGAAUCAAAUGCAAGAGUGGAUGCUCCAGGACCCUUGGCUAAGUUCUGACCACCCACCCCCCAACCUACGGUCACCUCUUAGGCCUGCGGCUCCACACACAGACAGUGGGGGAGGGGAGCGUCUCUGGAGCAUGGACUUGGGGGAGGAGCCACAUGGACUCGAGGUGCCACUUUCAUAGGGAAUUUGGGGUUCUGAGUCAUAAAUAGAGGGAAGUUUGAGCUCAGGUGAACAUGAUUUCCCCACUCAUGAUCUACUCACUGCAGGGAGAAAGGAGAAGGAGAAGGGGGUCAGGUGGGCCCUCUGAAAGCAUGUGUGCAGGUUAAAGGAUGCGGUUGCUUCGCCUCUCAGCUUCUGUGCCCUGGACCACUCAUGCCUCUGUGUUUAUGGAGCAGAGAACUCUCGAAGGUGAACAUAGCACUUUGAUGUCCGUCCCACUAGCUCUCAAACACAGGUGUUCUCAUCCCAGCCAGCCUGUUUGAUGUGGUUCCCUCACUGGUAUGAUGGGGAGAAAGAUUUCGUAGCCACCGGUGCCUGACUCUUGGCCUGGUCAUGAUCCUGAGAAUUAAGACUUGCUGCUCUUUCAAAAUGAAGGUGUGACCUGGGAGAAAUGACCACAUUUCCGCCCUUCAGCUCAAGGGAAGACCUGCACGUCAGGGGUGCAGCCUGGACACUCAGGAAGCAGAGGUGACCACCAGUGAGCUCUAGGGACCCCACAGACUUAUGAAAGUCUCAUCCCAUCACCUUCUUGGUUUGGCAUUUAGAAUUCUGGCCUGAGAAAACCUGAGGCACAGCUUUGACCAGGUCAUCUACACAGAACUGAGAUAAGACUUUCUGAAGACAAAGGUAAAUUCUUAAGAAACUUUGUUAGAAUUGUUGGGAGAUCAAUCAAAUAAUGUGUGGAAGAUAUGCUGUUAACCAUCUGAAUAGUAAAGUAUCAUCACCAUCAUCAUCUCUACCACCACCACCACCACCACCACCACCACCACCACCACCAUCUCCUCCACCACCGUCAUCACCAUCUCCACCACCAGCAGCAGCAACAGCAACAACAGUGAACUAGCAACUAUGAGGUGACUGGACAAAGACAAACUUGUACAUAUAUCUUGUUUAUGACUCUGUCAACCUAACCAACUUCUCCUCCUCCUCAUGUGAAUUGUUUUCUUAUGCUUCUCAACCCUGCAUUGUGUCAUCAGAGCACACUGGUACAGACAAGGCCAAGAGCUUUCAUGGCAGGUACAUAAAGGAAGUGGUAUCUGGUCUCCAGUCAGGAUGUAAGCACCAGGCUCUGUCGUCUCCAGAUCAGAGCAUCCUUGCUGUCAGGUAGGAGCUGUUCCCACAGUGCUCCCGGAAUCAGAGCAUCCUCGCUGACCAUCCUUCCACACGUGUCCUGGGCAGCCUGAGCAAUGUCUCUCAGCUGCUUUUAUUCUGAGUGUGCAGAGCAGCGAGGCUCUGUGUCCCUUCUCUCAGAUUUCAUUAUAGGACAAGGCAUUAAUUAAAUCAACCCAUGUGUAUUCUCUCCGAAUACAGGCAACUCUAUUUUUGACCACAAAGGUUUUUUUUUUUUUUUUUAAAUGAUCUAUUUCCCAGAAAACACAUUUCAAAGGCCCAUUUAUUUAUUCUCAUUCACUACCCAACAGACUCACCUUACUUUAAAUCAGAAUUCUCUCAGAGGAUAAAAGCUCAUUAAAGUACAAACCUAAAUCAAGCACAGAGGAAUAAAACCCCUAUUUUUUAUCUUAAACUUUAUUACAAACAUUACAAAAAAAAAAAAAGAAGAAAAGAAAACCACAUACCAAAUUAACCACACCAACAGACUCUUAUUUUUUAUAAUAAAACCUCAUAUUGUAUUAUAAAAUGGCUAAGUUAGUUUGGGGUUUCGAAAUGCUUAGAUGAUAUAAUUUAUUAGGAUCAUGUUCACUGUUCCUCCUACUAAAGCUAAAUAAGAGUUGACUAUGUUAAAUAGUUGUUGUUCUUUUAAACUCAUGACAAAUUUUCUUCUGCCUUUUUUCCUAAAAUGUGUCAAAGUUUCACUCACCUAAACUAUGUAAUUCUUCCAGAUAUUGGUGUCUGCUUGUGGUUUCACAGUGAAUGCUUGUUAUCAAAUGGAAUGUCAGUAGAUGCACACAUACGAUCACUAA